AUGGUGAAGCUGCAGAAAAAGACGACAAAGGCAGCUAAAAAAAAGCCUUUAAGUCGCAAGGAGCAGCGCAAGCUAAAGCAGGAGACAAAGAAGAGCAACAAAAGAAUUUAUCAUGCGGCCAAAACAGAUGGAGCACAGCGCGUAGCAGAGGCGGCAGCAGCGGCUGCGGCGACGCUAGCAGCGACAAGCAAAAACAAAAAGAAAAGGAAGAAGGCAAAGAAAUUGCCGGUAAAUCCAGAGGAAAUUCCAAGGGAAGAGCUGUUGGCGGGUGAAGUGGAUUCAAAUGACGACGAAUCUAUUGCCUCGGAUUUUAGCGAUGCUGAAGUCGAUGCACGACUUCCAGCUGGAAGUAAAGUAAGAACAUUUGAGCCACUAGCUAAGAUAACUGGAAAACAUGCCGGAAUACAGCGAGUGGGUGAAAUGGAAGCGCGAAGACGCGAGUUGCGACAGCAAAAGGAAUUGCUGAAUAAAUCACGCAAGCAGCGCAAGAAGCAACUGAAAAUCGAAAAUGAAGAGGAGGAUAAAGAAAUUGCCAAAUUGGAGAAGAAAUUGAAGCUAAACAAAACAAAAGAUAAAAAUCGUUUGGUGCGUAAAAUGUUCAAUGAUGGUUUGGAUUAUCUGCUUGACUUUGUGCUGGACGAUGACGAAGAGAAGCAAAAGUGGGAGGAGAAGCAGCGUAGAAAAAAGGAACUAAAGGAGCAGCAAGAGAAGGAAGAGGCGGGCAUGUGGAGUGAAGAAGAGGAUGAACCAAUGGACAUGCCAGAGGGAGAUGGAGAGAGUGAGAGCGAUCAAAAUGAGAAUGAAGAGGCAAUGGAACAUAGUGAAAUGGAGGAGGAGGAAGACGAUGAAGACGACAGCGAAAACGAGGAGGAGGCAAAGCCAUCAAAAUACAAGGAAGAUAUAUACGGACGUAAACGCGAUGCGGAGGGCAAUAUAGUGACCGAAGAUGUUGGUGAGGAUGAGGAGGACGAGGAUAAGAAAGAGGUCAAAGUGACCGGUCAAAAGUAUAUACCGCCACAUCAGCGUGCUCUGCUGGCAGCUGGACAAGAUUCGAAUGCCAAGCAAUCGGAGCAAUUGGCGAGAUUGCAAAAACAAUGCAAAGGUUUACUCAAUCGCCUGUCCGAAGCGAAUCUACACAAGAUAUCCACUAGCAUUGAGACGCUCUACAUGAAGAACUCCCGAUACAAUAUGAACGAAACGCUGACAAAGCUGCUGCAGGAAUCGCUCCUAGGCAGAACCCGCUCCAAUGAGCGCUUGGUGCAAGAACAUAUGGUCUUAUUGGCCUAUUUACAUGCACACAUUGGCAGUGAAAUUGGUGCACAUUUUCUGCAAACAUUUGUCGAGCAAUUUGAUGGUUAUUUAAAGGAGUUGAACCAACUUGAAGUGGAGGAUAAACGUCUAAAUAAUCUCAUUUUAUUACUCUGCUAUAUGUACAUGUUUAAGAUCUUUGAGCAGCGUUUAUUGCUGGAAUUAAUUGCACGUCUGGCAAACAGUUUGUGUGAAAAAACUGUCGAAUGUCUGUUGCUGAUCUUUCAAACGGUUGGAUUCCGCUUACGCAAAGAUGAUCCUUUGGCUUUUAAGCAGAUGAUGCAAAAUGUGCAAUCCCAAAUUGCUGCAGCACCGCUGGAACUCAAGGAGAACCCUCGCCUGCGUUUUAUGGUCGAUAUACUAAAUGCUGUUAAAAACAAUAAUAUUAACAAACUGCCACAAUAUGAUCCGGAACUGGCGGAAACGUUAAGGAAACGCCUCAAAGGCAUGUUAAGAAAUGAACGUUAUGUGGUUACACUAAAUAUAACAUUGGAGGAUUUAUUGCGUGCCGAUAAGCUGGGAAAAUGGUGGAUUGUUGGCUCUGCCUGGACGGGAAAUCUAGCCGAGAUGGGACAGGAACAAAAGAAGCAACAACAACAAAUCGGACAACAAAAAUAUUCGGAAAAACUUUUGGAACUCGCCAAGAAACAACAUAUGAACACCGAAGAAAGGCGAAAUAUUUUCUGCAUCAUUAUGAGCGCUGCAGAUUAUGUGGAUGCCUUCGAGAAGAUACUACACUUGUCCUUAAAGGAUCAGCGUACCGUAGCCUAUGUGAUUAUACACUGUGCUCUGAACGAACGUCGAUUGAAUCCUUACUAUGCUCAUUUGGCACUCAAAUUCUGUCAAUAUAAUCGCAAAUUUCAGCUGGCUUUCCAAUUUGCCAGCUGGGAUCGCAUUAAUGAUAUUGAAACCUUGUCCAAAGCUCAGAUACGCAACUUGGCUGGGUUUCUACAGCAGUUGAUACUCUCGACGGGUCUGCAGUUGUCCGUACUCAAGGUGGUUGACUUUAUGCAGCUGCAUAAGUUGAGUUUCUAUUUUAUGCGUGAGAUUAUGCUCCGUCUACUGCUCUCCGGAGAUGAGGGUCAGGUUUAUCAGGCCUUUGAGCGUAUUGCCAAAAAUUCGAAACUUCAGCAGUUUAAACAAAGCAUUCGUUUGUUUAUGCAGCACUUUAUGCUGGAAAAAUUGGAGGAUCACAAGGAGGAGGAACAACAUUUGCUGAAACAGCGCAUUGAGUAUCUAGAUAAGAUGUUGGCUUAUGUCGAUUUGUAAAUACACUAUCAUAAAAUGUAAAUACAGUUCGUUUUCUUACAAAUUUAC